AUGGCAAGAACGAAGCAAACAGCUCGUAAAUCCACCGGUGGUAAAGCACCGAGGAAGCAACUGGCUACCAAAGCUGCCCGCAAGAGCGCCCCGGCCACCGGCGGUGUGAAGAAACCUCAUCGUUACAGGCCCGGUACUGUGGCGCUUCGCGAGAUUCGUCGUUAUCAGAAGUCCACCGAGCUGCUUAUCCGCAAGUUGCCUUUCCAGCGUCUGGUUAGGGAGAUCGCACAGGACUUCAAGACCGAUCUACGCUUCCAGAGCUCAGCCGUCAUGGCGUUGCAGGAGGCUAGCGAGGCUUACCUCGUCGGUCUGUUCGAGGACACCAAUCUGUGCGCUAUCCACGCCAAGAGGGUUACCAUCAUGCCCAAAGACAUUCAGCUGGCUCGACGCAUCCGUGGCGAGAGGGCUUAA